AUGUCAACUGCUGAUUCUGAAAUACAAUCAGAUGAACUCGAUGCUUUAGGCAGUAUUCUCGAUGAAACAACAUUUGAAAUGACCAAAGCAUCUAUCGCAACAGAAAAAACACAUGGUACUAUAGUCAUUGAAGUGACAUUACCUGACCAAUUUCAUAUUGAAUAUUAUCCGAAUCACCGUCGUCAUGUUGAAUAUUUACCACCAAUAUUUCUUCGUUUUACCCUACCAAACGAUUAUCCUUCGAUUUCAUCACCAUGUUUUCAACUUGAAUGUAUUUGGAUGACGGAUGAACAGUUACAAGUACUAUCAGAAAAUUUAAAUAAUAUUUGGUUGGAUAAUAGCAAUGAGCCAAUUCUAUUUCUCUGGUAUUCAUCAUUAAGCGCACAAACACUUGAAUGGCUUAAUAUGACAACAACACUUGAUUUACAGCUAUCAUUUCCAUCAAUAAUAACUGAAUCAAUAAAACCUCAAUUAACUUCUGCACAAGUCGCAGCAACCAUUCAUAAUUAUGAACGUGAAAAAAAAAUAGUCAUUCUUUCACGUACUAUCAUAACUUGUCCAGUUUGUGUCGAUGAAGUUGCUGGUACUGAUUGUUUUUUAUGUUAUGCAUGUUCAGGAGAAGCAUGUAAACCGUGUAUUAAAUCGUAUCUAGAAACAAGGAUUCUUGCUGGACAAGUUAAACAUAUAACAUGUCCAAUCAAUCCAUCAUGUAAUGUUGAAUUAACACCCGCACAAAUAGCGUCAUGUGUUGAUAAACAAGUAUUUCAUCGUUAUGACCGUCUUUUAUUUCAAUUAUCUAUUGAUUCAAUGGAUGAUAUUAUUUAUUGUCCUCGUUGUGAAAAGCCUGUUAUUGUAACAAAAGGAACGGAUGAUUAUCUUAAAAAUACAUUAGGCGAAUGUGCAACAUGUUCUUUUGUAUUUUGUACUUUAUGUGGAAAAACAUUUCAUGGUGUUAAUCCAUGUCAAUAUUCUGAAAAUAAAUUGAAGGAUAUUUAUAAAGAAUAUCAAAAUGCAACACCCGAAGAACGAUUAGCACUUGAACAAAGAUACGGUAAAAUUUUUAAUCGUCUUAUGGAUGAUAUGGCAUCCAUGGAAACAAUUAAACAAACUGCUAGACAGUGUCCUCAAUGUUCAAUAUAUGUUGAUAAAUUGGAAGGCUGUAAUAAGAUGACUUGUAUUAAAUGUCAUUCUUACUUUUGUUGGGUUUGUUUACAAUUAUUAUCAAAAACCGAUCCCUAUGGUCAUUUUAAUCGACCUGGAAGUAAAUGUUUUAAUAAGCUAUUCGAAGGAGUAGGUGGAAUGGGAUGGUGA